AUGACAGAUGAGUUUCUGUUUCAAGACAGUAAGAACCAUACUGUUUGUAUAAAUCCAACAAAAAGAACUUUAAACGAGAAGCCUAUAGAUGAACUUCUUUUGAAGGCAGAUAUUGACAACAAAGCUGACAAAGAGUAUGUUGACGAUGAGUUAGCACGUGUGGCUAGUGCGUUAGUGAAGAAGGCAGAUAAGGAAUAUGUGGAUGAAAAGGAUGAAAAAAUUAAAGAAAGGGUUGAAUGGUAUAAUGAACGGACAACAAAGAUUUUAGAAGGUAAAGCCAAUACAGGGUGGGUUUCAGGAUGUUUAGACCUUAAAGCCGACAAAGAAACUGUAGAUAUGUUGACACAAACGGUUUCAAGUCAUACCAGAGGUUUAAUGGAAGAUGGACAACAGUUGAAAGAGCUUGAGAAAGGUGUUACAGAGUUAAGGAAUACAAAAGCAGACUCGACAUGGAUAAAAGGAUAUGUAGAUGCAACAAAAGAGUAUAUUUUCGCAUGGACAGAAGGAACAUACCCACAAAAAUAUCAUAGACAUAGCAUCUCUGACGUAAAUGAACUUGAAGAAAGGUUAUAUAAGAAAGCAGACAAAACAGAGCUUCAAACG